UUCACUUUUCUCACCAUAGACACGCGUUGAUCACGCUCUACGACCGUCCAAUUUUUAUGCUCUGAUUGGUCAAAAUUUGACAGGUGAGUUCAUAGAAAAUUUAUACAGCAUCUUGAACCUUGUUUACUUUGAGUUUGACAGCUGAAGCUGACAGAGUAUUUUGUCAACUUGUGAUGUUUUUUACUGUCUUUUUCCACUGGAUGCUUAAAAUGAAAUACAGCUGCUAUCAACAGUCUUCUUUGAUUCAUGGCUGGUUUGUUUAUUGAAUUUUUGGUCGGGAAAUGCGCCGGUUGCCAAAGUUGGAAAUCCGAUUUCGGAUGCAUCGCUUUCGUUUUUACCGUGCUGGAUGCGGGUUGAAAAGUCCCUCAAGCGAUUCUGGCCUUACUUUAUAGCUUUCAAGAGCUGCAUCUCGAAUGGUAAGCCUAAGUAAUUAUUGUAUACAGUGUAUGUUUGUUUUUUUAUAUCUAAUUUCAUGAAGUCGAGCGCAGUUUAUCAGGCUAAUUUAUGCACGUUUGUGUUAAGAUCUGAGACAAUGAUCUGAUCUAGUAUAUAUAAGCUUACAGAACUUUAAAAAGCCUUUAGUCGAUAUUUUCUCUCCGCAUAUAGAACGAAAAAACUUUCCGAAGAGUAUUUAGUUAUAAUUUUGGCUGUAGAAAGAAAGCUUUGAGCGGUUUUCUUGCCUCGAGUUCAUCUUUGAAAACAGUAAACACCAGGAAGCCGGCUAAAAGCUUUAAGCUUAAGCUUAAAGACUCAGUUUUUAGAGACGCUUUAAUACUUGUCUUCGUGAAUGAAAAUUGUUGUCUCUGUAAAUGUUUCACCGAAUUACAUUUCUUUUAUUGAUUGUUAGUAGUCUCUUACAAUUUUAAUCGCUUUGCAGUUUGUUUUCAGUCGUUCUUAAACAACGCUUGCAGGAGUACUCAAAAUGCUGCUGGUAUCAAACGCUUUUUAAGAUUGCACAUCGUUAUAAAACCAUUUAAUAAAAAAAUAAACACAAUAAAUUCUUUAUUAUGUUGAAGCGUAACUCGUUUAAUGUUCACUGAAAAUUUGGCGCUUGUCAAAAGUGAGAACCGGCUGGCCGUAUAAAUGAUUUUGGAAAUUUUUUGAACCGUUUUGCUAAAAGCCCUCGAGUGCUUCGUAUGGUUCUGAAUAUUGAAUGAGUGCAAUUUGUCUUGAAAAAUUGUGAAAUACUGCAUUUUGUCUGAGGUCUAUAUGAUAAAAACAACGCCUCAUAUCACUGUUUCAGAUGUGAUGUAUAAAAAGUAUGAAAUGUUGGUUUACACGCUCCCAGAGUUGUUGGCAAGUUUUUGUUAAGUAAACUUGUCGAAAGCAAAAAAUUCGGCCUGAUUUGUUUUCCAAAAAUUCGUUUUCCAGGCCUAAUCUACUGUGAUCAAGAGCCAUUAUGGCUCUAAAAUGUGAUCGAAGAUGAUUGCUAUUUUUUGGGUGUAUAUAUACGGCUAUCAAUUCGAUGUAAGAUUUUUUUUUUCACUCUAAAAUCACUUAGCCUUAGCUUUCCCUUAAAGUUAACUGAUUUGUGGAUUACAAGUUUAUUGUUUGAUUUAAAUUAUAAAUUUAUCAAUGGGAGCUUCGCUUUUAGCCCUGGCUAAAUCUAUAUAUUACACGAUAUUGAAAUUGUAGAAAUUGUAGACAGAGCCACCUUCUCAGAAUAUGACCUGUCAUCACUGAACUGUAGAAAAAAUACUUGGUCUAUGACUAUACUACACUCGAUAAGUCUGGCUCCAACCCUAUUUAGCCAUUUUUUGAUUGAAAGAAAUUUUGGCUAGAUAAGCCGGGGAAGAAAAGGAAAGAAGUGAAAGAAAAACAAGGGCUUUUAAGGAAAAAACCCCGCCCUCAAAGAGAGGGGAAAAAUAGCCAAGCCGAUACAAAUUAAGAAAGAAAAAUCAAAAUUGUCGUCGUGGCCACGGUCUAUCACAGAGUCUAUGAGUUUGAGUCUUUGUACAACGCAUAGUGUGCACGGUAUAGCCGUCAGGAAAAAAGGAGUUUCGAAAGUCCCAUCCCGGGGGGUACUCCCUUAUAUAAGCCACAUAGGUACGUGCCGACCCAAAGGGUAUGGUUUUGGGCCCCUUUGCCCAUUUUGUUCUGGAAUCGGGUAUGGUUUUAGAGCGAGCUAAGGUAGCAUGAUGAACGUAUUUUUCGUUGAUUCCAAAUGAAUAAGAAAGAAAAAGAAAUAUGGGAAUUCGAAAUGGAUUUGAAGAAUUUUUUUGUUUCGGCUCUAAUCUAGGUGAUGAUGACAUAUUUUCUGCCUAAAGGCCAGGUCCCAGUUGUUCAAAAGGUUGAUAGCGCUAUCCACUGGAUAAAUCUCUAUCCAGUGGAUAAGUAUUAGGAAAACCAAUUGCACUAUCCACUGGAUAGAGAUUUAUCCCAGCGGAUAGUGCUAUCCACCUUUUGAACAACUGGGGCCAGGUCUGAAAACGAUAUGGGCUUUAGAGGUCUAGUCUGAAAACGGGUUGUGGAAAAUGACAUUUUUUGGCCUGAAAUAAAGUCAGGAUUUGGAGAACCGGGCGGCACACCCCUACCAAGAACUCCCGGUAGUACCCCCCCCAGUCCCAUCUACAGUUGACUCCCGAUAAUUCGAAGCCUCGCUAACUCUAGCCUGUUCCAGGAGUUCAGAUCGUGGGGAUGCCGCAAAAAUAAGUGAGCGGAAAAAAGCCUCUCUUCCCCCUUACUUUUUCCUCGCUCUCUUAUUUCGCGCCGCACUCCACUAGCCGAACGCCUGGAACAGGUUUCGCUAACUCGAACCAAAGUAGAUUUCCCCUGGUUUUCCUUCAUACAUUUGCUGUAAUUUACCCUCGGUAACUCGAACCCUCGAUAACUCGAAGCUCCCGCUAACUCAAAGUAAUUUUUGUUUCCCUUCAGAUCAUUUCUUGACAACUCGAAAAAAAACAACAACAGUGUACUGCUGUCCGAAACAUUGGAUUUAUUUCAAAACAGUAUGACUGUGUCAAUUCGUUGUCUUUCACAUUUUUUCAUUCCAGUUCAAGUACAGGGUCCAUCCCUGUAUAUUAAUUAAGCCUUGUUGCUUAAUUCCUUUUUCAAAAUAUCAUUCUGUAUCUUUCGUUGCCCUUGAAGUGAAGUGUGCGUGAUACUUGAAUUUCCUCCCCAUCAUUUCCUUUAAUAUUUUCUUGUUUCCGGUUACUUUUUUCGAACUCCCGAUAACUCGAACUCCCGGCCGAGUAACUCGAACUUUUUUCGAUUUCCCUAGAAGGUUCGAGUUAUCGGAAGUCGACUGUACAUAUGCCAUUGCUGAUGAACAAUUUGCAGCUGCCACGGAAGCUAUAACAAUAAAAUAGAUCUAUUGCUUUGUUGACCAUCAUGGCCUCCUUACAACUCUUUUAUCAAGCCCUAGUUUGAUCAUCUAGGGUCUGGGCUCAGAACUAGCUAUGAAGCUUCAAAAACUCCAAAACCUGCACUUUUCCGGUUAUGUCUCUGGCUUCGGACCCCUACUGCAACAGCAAGGACAGGGAAGGCUUUCCAUACGCCGAAUAAAGCUCCUUGCAAUAGAAGGUUUAGACUGCAAAACAGUUGUCGGUUUUUUUCUCAAAAUCAGUAAAGAAAUCGGUAAAGCGUGGCAUAACAGUCUUGCGCGCGCGAAGCGAAGCGCGCGAGCCUUACACGCCCUACGAGAGAAAAAAAUUUUUUAAUCUCCUCAGUCUCGCACUCUGUUUUCAGCCUCGUUCCAGACCUUUUGUUUGAUUGCUCGCUCGUACUUGAAUACGCAAGAAUACGCACUGUUUAGCGGUCUAUAGAAGGUUCAAAGUCGGUACAACACUAUGGCACCUGAAUAUACCUUGACCAAAAAUUUUUGAAAAUGAGGUCUAAUACGAUGCUAGGGGUUCUUCUUCUUGAUUUCAGUUGCCUCUUCCCAAAACCAACUAAGGCAACAAAAAAACGUUUUGGUAAAAGGGGCGCAUUUAUUUGGAAUCAAUUACCCGCGCGUUUAAAUCUAAAUUGGACGGCUAAUGCUUCCCAGCUUCUUUAGAUGAUUCUUUACUUUUAUAUUUAUUUUCGGAUCUUUUAUCACAGAUUUACACUUGUACAGUCACUCUGAUAGACAAAAUAUCUUUUUUAAAAUGUACUGCUUUUGCGUAAACCAGUGCCCGUAGCUGAUAAAACUACCGAGGUAAAGUAAAAUGUCUACCUAUCUGGCAAGACUUGAUUCUCAAUUCCACUAACUUAAUUAAGGAAAAUUACCACGUAUUAAUAUGUAGUAUGUUUAUAGUAUUUUAUCGUCCUAGUAAUCUCUGAAAAAUACCCGCAACCCUCUCUGUAGACGUCCGCAGCCCGUGCUGAGAUCCGCUUUUCUGAAUACAGUAUUCAUAACCGCGCAUUGAGAGAAAUUCAUCCAUAUUUACGGUUAACAUAAAGGUUCGCGCGCUUUCGGCUUUUCGCAACCUGCCAGUGCUCACUGUAGGGAACCGCUUCUCGUACUUUUAUUGAAACGCUGUUGUAAGUCAUCGCUGCAAGAAAGCCUUUCUUCAUCGUUUAUUAGUUUCAAAAGUGAUAAGACAUACCGGGAGGACAUAUGAAUCCAUAAAAAACUGAAGCCAGUUAUCAGUUUACGGAAGUCUUUUUACAGUCUUCCCAAAUUAUUCCAUGCGCUCUCAUAAUAUCUUUGGUUUCAAUGAAUAACAAACCACUCUUCUGAGCCGACAACACAAGGCAGCCAGGACGUGAUAUCGAAGAGCUCCGUUUGAGGUAGAAAAUUGCUUUUUACAAUUAUUUUCCACUGCACACAUGUACAUAUCUAUAACUCUUAUUGGGCGAUUAUUUUAGCAAGCUGCGACAUCACGCGCUAGAUAAACAAAAGUUUCCCAGCCUUAUCGCGGGCAAACUUUGGAUAACUUUAAGUCACAGUUGGGCAGAGAUUGUUACAAAAAAGACGACAAGACGACCCCACAAGCUUUGAGCUUUAAACCUUAUCGUGUUUAAAUAAAGGAUAUGUAUGUAUGACAAUUUGGCAAGAUGCGACUCAAAAACAAGGUUCGCCGAUACAUUGCGGGAGACAACGUGAGAAUAACGGAAAGAGAUUGGGCGAUGAAAUACCCACAAACUGCUGACUGUUGUUUACUAAUACGACAGCCACAUCUACUGCGGCAUCUUGUUUAAAAUGUCGUCUAAGAAAUAUAAGUUCUUGACAGAGUAACAUUAUGCCCCAAAAUUUAUAGUAUGCAAAAAGAAUCAGUCAAAACAGUGUCUUACAAAUAUGUUAAUUGUUUGGUAAAAUUGGACAUGAAAGAGAAAAUGAAAAAAAAAACACACACACAUCAAAUGAUGCAAUAUCUCUAUCGUCGGCUGAGAUGUUCGAGAUAAAAGAAAAGUAUUCACUUUAUUGGCGCCGAUAUCGGCUAAGUUGCUGACCUUCCGUGACAACUUGAAGGCCAUAUGUACAAUCAGAAAUGCAAAUUAGUGUUUUUGUCAAUAGCCCAUGUGCGUGGCUUAAACGCUUUAUAAUUUACGGUUUUCGGAUAAAUCAUACAAUGAAGUAAUGGAUUUUUAAUCAAGCGGCUUUUCAAUGGGAACGGUCGUUGUUCUUGCUCUCAAACGAUUUCAAAGCGUCAACAACAAAGGCUCAGUUCAUAGAAAAGGAAUCAUAUAUGAAGUGACGGCCUCUGAACUCACUAAUUUGCCACGUCUUUAUUCGGUAGAAAGAAAAAAAAAGAGAAAAGAAACAGGCAAUUCUUGAUUGAAAGAAAGUGAUGUCUCCGUCUGAUUCCUUUAUAAAGUCUGUAAACCAAUACCACCAGAUAUAUGUGGCAAACUGUCAGGUAUACCUGCAUAUGAAAGACACGCCAAUCCGCCGUUUUUUCACUUUGUCGACAAAGGCAAUGCAAGAAUAAGUGGGUGUAUACUCAUGAAUAUUAAACUAUGCACGUGGUUGCUUGUUCAUUUCGAAGAAUUUUACUUUUGUUAAUUACCGUUUUGUUAGUUUUUUUUCGGGUCGGCCACGUUGAAUAUUUCCGACCUGAAAGUGCUAUUCCACCUUUCAUUUUCAUUUCUGGAUUUUCUUGCCUUUCAGCGAAGUCAUGAACAGCGUGGCAAUGAAGAUAAUUAUCAUUGGUUUGUUUUGCUUGGAUUUAUGGCCAUCGAUGUUUAUAUCUGCAUCAACCCCGUUGACCACUUUCGAUUUGUGCGGUGUUAGCGAAAUCACCGCAGAAAACGUUUCUCUUUCGCUGAAUUUUACAACGGAGCGCGCGCAAAAAACUGGCGGAGAAUGUGCUCUGGUGAUUAUUCUUAAAUCGAAGCGAGUGAAGCUGACCGUAGAGGAACUAACCAUUGUAAGCGGAGCGGUGUUCGAGAUUCAAGAAGGCCCUGGGAUUAAUGACGGUGAAAAACUUGGGCCAAAGGAUGCAAGCCAGUCGCCCUCGUUCUAUGUUACUUCGGGGAAUGCCAUGUUUAUUCGAUUUAAAGACGUUAGUCAAGGUACAAAUGGACCAAGCAUUUUUCGCGGGAAAAUUUCUUCCGUUCCCUUCCAAGACACGUGCCGUUGUCGAGAGGUGACAAAUGGAAAGCUGGAGUGUUAUGAAACUACACAAGAGAGGAAAUGUGAAUUGAAAUGUAAUCCCUCGUUUAUGGAGCUAACAAUAAAGAAGGAAGUCUUAACGUGUGAUUUCAAGAAUGGAACGUGGGAUAUAAAUAUACAUAGCGGACCACUUGAAUGUGAAAAGGUGCAAAAACCAUUGCAAAUCAAAGCCACAGUGAAUUUUAAUUAUGCUAAUCUAACGUGUCAACAAGUUGAUCUCCAGAAAGUGGAAAGCGUUAUUCGAGCGGUGUUAGGAAACAACAGUGAUGUUCGAAGCAAAGGUGUGUGCUUCGACCAAAGUGCUGCCAACAACCCAGACUGCAAGCAGGCAGUUCAAGUCAACUGCACCAUCAGCGGAAGUCAGGCGGAAAUAACGAUAACUAUAUUGGAUUACAUAGUGGAACCGCCAACUUUGGAAGAAGCUAAUUCAAAACUCCAAGACCUUCAUACAGCCUACAUCAACCUAAAGCUCAAGGAUGUUUUAGACAUUGAAGCUCUGGUCAUGAAGAAAGGAAAUGAAUCAUUCACUAUUUCUAAGGAGUCAAUUGUCAACACCGCCACUCCUUGGUGUAACGGUGAAAAUGAUUAUAUUAAGAUUCCCGGUAACGCAACUUAUUCUGUGUGCUCCGCCUGCCCAAGGCACCAUUUGUACAAUGUUACAACCCGCACCUGUCAGAAAUGUCCCUCCGGUAGUACUGCAGUAAAAGGUGCACGGUCGUGUACACAGAAAAACGGCACAUUGCCAGCAACGCCCGUGGGAAAAACAUGCGAUAAUAAAUGUAUGAAAGGCAAACGGCUAGAUAUGAAAUAUGGGAUGUGUGAAUGGUGUCCUCGAAACAAAUACCAAAACUCUUCAACGAAGAUCAAUCCAGAAUGUAUACCCUGCCCCGGUGAUAAACUGACCAUUUUUCCUGGGGCACAAGAGGUGUCAGACUGUCUUGACCCCUGUCUAUCUGGUACCUUUAUGAACGCUUCAAGUGGCAGUUGCAUGGAUUGCCCUAUUGGCACCUACAUGGAUACCGACAAACAUGCAUCUACUCGAUGCAUGAGGUGUGAAAUGGGGAAAACCACCAGGAGUGUCGGCAGCAAAGCAGUCAGUGAAUGUUACCACUGUUUACCUGGUGAGUUUUAUAACUCAACUGCGACGAUGUGCACUUCUUGUCCAAUGGGAAAAUACCAAGAUGAAGUGAACAAAGACAGCUGCAAAGAUUGCGCUAGUGGGACAACAACUCUUGAAAUGAGUUCAAAGACUAUAUCAGACUGUGUCAAGGUCUGUGGCCUGGGGAAGUUUCUUAAUGACUCAAACUGUUUUGAUUGUCCGAAGAACACAUUCCAGGAUAUGAAAGAGCACAAUGCCACAGAGUGCAAGCCAUGCGGACCAAAUAAAAUCACAAAUGCAACAGGACAGUCUGAUGUUUCUAGCUGUUUUGUCAGUUGUGAGGAAGGAUGGUUCUUGGAUAAAAGUGUUUCUCAGUGUAAAAAGUGUCCUGUAGGACAGUACCAAGAUCAGUCAGGACAAGACCACUGCAAACAGUGUCCUGAUGGUAAAAGUACUGCAAGUGAAGGACAGAAGAAUAUGUUCUCCUGCACUAUUGUCUUUUGUGGGAAAGGACAGUAUCUUAAUGACUCAAACUGUUUUGAUUGUCCGAAGAACACAUACCAGGAUAUGAAAGAGCACAAUGCCACAGAGUGCAAGCCAUGUGGACCACAUAAAAUCACAAAUGCAACAGGACAGUCUGAUGUUUCUAGCUGUUUUGUCAGUUGUGAGGAAGGAUGGUUCUUGGAUAAAAGUGUUUCUCAGUGUAAAAAGUGUCCUGUAGGACAGUACCAAGAUCAGUCAGGACAAGGCCACUGCAAACCGUGUCCUGAUGGUAAAAGUACCGCAAGUGAAGGACAGAAGAAUAUGUCCUCCUGCACUGUUGUCUUUUGUGGGAAAGGACAGUAUCUUAAUGACUCAAACUGUUUUGACUGUCCAAAGAACACAUACCAGGAUGUGAAAGAGUACAAUGCCACAGAGUGCAAGCCAUGUGGACCAAAUAAAAUCACAAGUGCAACAGGCCAGUCUGAUGUUUCCAGCUGUUUUGUCAGUUGUGAGGAGGGAUGGUUCUUGGAUAAAAGUGUUUCUCAAUGUAAAAAGUGUCCCCAAGGACAGUACCAAGAUCAGCUGGGGCAAGACCAUUGUAAACAGUGUCCUGAUGGUAAAAGUACCACACAUGAAGGAGCUAAGGAUUCCAGGGAAUGUAUCACAAGUGAUGGAAAGGGAAGUGCUGAAGUCGUCAAGAUGUCUGUCAAAUUCACAUCGCUCUCUUGGAGUGAAGAACUCACGGACACUGAAAGUGCUAAGUAUUAUGAGACAAAGACCAAGAUUGAAGAUGCCAUCAAAUUUGAGUUACACAAAGAUCCGUCAUUUGAAGGUGUCGCAGUAACUGCUCUAACAAAGGGUAGCGUUGUUGCCGAAUUUGAACUGUACUUUAAUGACAAAGUGGACUAUGUACCUGGAAAAGCUCUCCAGGUUGCUGCUCGAAGUGGUAAAGUCGGAAACUUGUCAGUUAACUCAGAUUCACUAAGUAUUCUCCAACAGGACUGUUCCCAACCUCUUGGAAUGGAAAGUGGUAAAAUAAAGAAUGAGCAAAUCAUGGCGUCAACAUUCUUAAAGCAUUAUGAACCCUACGAAGGACGGCUGAAUUUGAAAGGUGGGCGUGGCUGGUACGCUGCAUACAAUAGAAUGACUGAAUAUCUACAGAUUGAUUUCAAGAGAGCGAUCAAUAUUACAGCUGUUGCUACCCAAGGGAAAUCAAAUGUUAAAGGAAUGUUAGAUGUUUACGUUAAAGAAUACAAACUUAGCCUAAGUGAUAAUGGAAAAAAUUGGAAAGAGUAUACCGAAAAUGACACAACAAAGGUAAGCAACAUUUAAGUACCCUUUCAUUUUACAUACACACCUACAUACAUAUUCCUUGAAUGUAGACCAGAUUUCAGAAGGUACCAUUCGUUUAUUUCUACAGAUCUGUUUUGCACAUGGUCAAAAGAUGACCACGCUCAUCAUGAAACUUAACGAAUGAUCCGUACAUGUCAAAAUUGGUGGUUAUAAGCAUUUAACUCCGUUGCUAUGCAAAAUAUAAACAAAUUGAAUAGACUACGAGUAGUCCCCCAUUUUUCCUCAGGGAUAGUAGAGCGAGCAAAACACGAGUGCGCUUGAAAAUCAACCCACGCGAGAAAAGGGGGACUACUCGUAGUCUUCAAAUUGAACUAUAAGGUAUAUAAAUAUUUGCGAUAAGGGUUGAGGGAUUGUGUUACUGUGUGACAGUUAACCUAACCUACAUACAACGCACAUAUGUACUUUAUCAUAACAGCCCCUGACUAGGGUUCUUCUGCUGUCAAUAAUAAAAACUAGAAAACAUAAAUAAUUAAAAAUAAUAAAAAUAAUAACUAUUUUUUAUGAAAGUAGCCACUGGGGUCAUCUGCAUAGGAGCUGGAGGAAAUCCCAGGCCCAUGGCCGUUAAUGAUAGCCCUGCACAAGCCAAACUGAAGUUGCUGUUUGACAUUUUCUAGGUUUUCAAUGGAAACUAUGACGCCAAUACUGUGGUACGAAAUACUCUAGCACAUACAGUCACUUCUCGGUUCAUCAGAUUUCUACCUCAGAGCUGGAAUAAGCACAUUUUUAUGCGUGUGGAAGUCUACGGCUGUUUAUUGAACGCACUUCUUCCAACUGAAACUUCCACAAGUGCUGCUAGUACACCAGAUAUUGCUGCAAUAACAUCAAAGCAUGACAAGUGGCCAUGGGGUGCAUAUCUUGGCAUUGUUUUUGCCGUUCUGCUAGUAGUUGGAAUCGUCAUUGCUGUCAUAUGCUGGAAGAAAAAAAGCAAAGAAAAGAGGAAUGCAGCAGAAGCAGAUCAUGCUCUGAUGGGAAUGGGCAAGCACGGUGAUGGAGAGUACAGGAUCAUUGAGAAAAAUGCUGCAGAGCCUGACGAUGACAACGAUGAAAAUGUUGUUUGAGUAGAAAUAUCACGAGUGUGGACUUAGACUUUUUAUGCAUAGCUGCAGAAGAGGCAGACUUGCCAACCCCCAAAAGGCAAAAAAUGUGAGAUCCUGAACCUAGAGCUGGGAAAAGUAGUGAGAAAUGGGUGAAAAGUCGUGAGAUGUUCUAAAUCUCCUAAAGGAAGGACUUCCCGUGGGGAUUAUGGGUAUUGGAAGUCAUAUAACACUUUAAAGCUGCAGCAGUAAACAUCAUGUUGACUUUUACGAUUUAGGUUUUGUAACUUCUAUGUUGAAAUUGUUGGCAGUCAUCUUGAAAAAGAGAAACAGUAAGUCUGCACAUUUGGUGACAGUGGCAAGUCAUGGUAGGCUGAGAAAAUGUAAUCAAACGCAACCGCUAAAGGUUUUCUUUGGAUUGAGCUGGCUAUCUAUCAGUAUCAAACUUGGAAACAAACCCCGAGAACUCCAAUUUUUUUUAGAGCCUCACUUUUCAAGAAAAUGUGAGAAAUCAGUUGCCAACUUGAGGGUAUAAGAUAGCUUAAUUGUGAGACUCAUGACAAAGUCGCAAGACUUGGCAAGUCUGGAAGAGGGCUUCCCUGCUAGCAGAGUCUUCUUUUUCUGUGAUACACAAAGAUGGAAAAGUAAACUCUGUUAGCUAUGGAUUUGAGAGAAGGUUCUACAAGAAAAAAGUUUAGUAUCUGAUAAAUGUUUAAGGAUUUAAUGGAUCAAUAUAGGUUUCUGGUAAACUGCCCACAUACCCCUCCCCUAACCCAACAUUUUGCCCUAAGUGAGAGGUAAGUGUUAACGUUGACUUAGGGAAGGGGUAGGUGGGAAGUUUCCCAGAAACCGUAAUUCAUCUGAUUUAACAUCCUUUUCUAUAUAAUGGGAAGAAAAAGUUGCAAUAAGGGUUGAUCAACAUACAUAGAAGAAUUUUGACCUACAAUCUUGGACAAAACUGUUGAGAAAAUUGUAUACUUGGACAGCAUUUUUCUAAACAUUGUAGCUGUACCGUUUCUUCUUUCUCCCCCUUCCCCUGAAAGCAAUGUUGUUGUGUAUUUAAAAGAAAGCCUGAUCCCUGGGAAUUUGUAGGAAGCAACAUUGAAUUGGGGGAAGGGGUUUUCUUUCUGCAAAGGUGUCGUUUUGGAAAUAGUUUUGUUGCAUACUUUUAGGAAAGUGGGCAUGAUGGGGAAAACUUUCUCGAGUAGUUUUGUCUGGGAUUGUAGAUUGUAAAUGACACAAUCCAAGACAAUGUUAUCAGGAUUGUAUGAGUCAUAUUGAGUCAUAUGAGAGCACAAUGAUGCUUAUAUUUCACCACUUAUUUACACUAACAGGCUGGGUUUUAGUAAUGGGGGUAUUAAGGCUGCGAAUGUAGACGUAUUACUGGUCGACUAGGUGGAGAGAAAGGACAGCAUGAAAUACGUCUUUGUUUGCAGGCUAGGGACUAUUUUUCAUCUUGUUUUUUUGGACUAUGGUAACCAAUGCCAUAAUUGCAGAAAUUUUCAUAAUUUUCAUUGAACCUUUUCCACAAAUACAAAGAAAAACACAGUCAGAAUAUGCACUGUUAUUUAAAGAAAAACUCAUUUCUAUGGUAAACUUUCACCUUUUAACAGUAUCAAACAAAUAUUCACAUGUCAGUUUCUAGUGUUACAUAAUUUAAACUAGAUGUAAACUUUCUUAAUAGUUUUAAGAAGUUAGUAUAAUUCCAGGAAACCUAAGUUAAUAAUAGUCUUUUGAGAAAACAUAUUUCUGGUGUUGUUAGGAAUAGAAAGUAAGAGAUAAUGUGUUGCUUAUGCAUUAGAAUAAUACAUUUGAAAUUAUACUAAAAUAAAAUUCCAUUUUGAUGCUUAGAACAUACUGAAUGCAUUGUUUACAGGGAGC